AUGUCGUACAGAAUCGCAGCCCCCGAUGAGUACCUUGCCAUCACGGGCAUGAAUGUGCAGUCGGUCAAGAUCACCAAGGCGACGUGGUUGUGGCCCUUUCAGCGUUGCAUGCGCUUCAGCGUGCAGUCUCAUGACUAUCCUAUGAACCUGCAGGCCAUGACCAAGGAGAAGCUCAUGUUUCCUGCUGCCCGUCGUCUUCAUCGGCGCUCCAGACGUGACGAGAGCGGGACCUACUCGUCGGUCGAGAGCACGGGGCCGAGGCGCCAAGUUCAGCACGGCCGAGGCUCGCUGCACGCGACGUCGAGGAUUGCCGCGUCGAGCCAAGCGCGCCCCUCGAGGUGCGCGACGAGGACCUCCAAGCGCGACGUCGAGAAUCAAGCGUGCCGCCGCCGAGGUUCGAGCGGCCUGCGCGCCCGCGACGUCGUCAAGGCCACCAUUGCCCGCGAGUCGAAGCAGCAGGACGCCGACGCGCGCGCCUACGAGAUCGAGGCCGACGCCAAGGCCAACUUUGAAAAGAGCCAGCGCGAGACGGACGCGCUCGCCUACAAGACCAAGAUGGACGCCGACGCCGCCAUCGCCGCCGACUUCAACCGCACCACCAAGGCUGCCGACGCCGACGCCUACGCCGCCCGCACCCGCGCCGAGGCCGACCUCAUCGCCACCCAGAAGGAGGCUGCCGGUAUGCUCGCCAUGGCCGAGGCCUACAGCAAGAUGGCCGACGCCUUUGGCGGCCCCGCCGGCUUGCUGCAGUACAUGAUGAUCGAGAAGGGCACCUACCGGGAGCUGGCCGACGCCAAUGCCAAGGCCAUCCACGGCCUGCAGCCCAAGAUCAGCGUCUGGAACACGGGCAGCCAGGGCGGCAGCGGCGGCGGCGGCGACGCGUCCGGCACGGAGACGAUGAAGAACCUCUACCAGAUGCUGCCGCCCCUCAUGACGACCAUCAACGAGCAGACGGGCAUCACCCUACCCGAGUGGCAAUUUGGCAAGAUGGCCGCCGGCACCGAGGCCGUCAAGGGGGAGGUCAAGGUCAAUGGGAAGCACUAG